AUGACACGUGCCUUGCUGCUGCUUUUUGUGCUGGCCAUUUGGUCAGCAGAAGGCCAGCAACGGGUCUACAACGUCCUCGACUUCCAUGCGGCCGGGGACGGCAAGACAGACGAUGCGCAGCUGGAUGGCAACAUUAUGGCGCCAAACAACAUUUGGACCGAAAAGGAAGCCAACCUCCUGACCUUCUUCGGCGUCGACCACUUGACGUUGGAUGGGGAUGGCGAGAUCGACGGCCAAGGCGCCAUCUGGUGGGAUUGCUACAUCCGGAAGACAUGCCAGGUCCGGCCUAUUUUGCUGGGUUUCGCACGGUGCAACAAUCUGACGGUGACAAGGAUACAUCUGAAGGACAGUGCAGAGAAACACAUGACCUUGUUCCAGUGCAGCCAGGUGAUUGUGGACAGUGUCUCCGUAACUGCGCCAGCUGAUAGCCCCAACACAGACGGCAUAACUGUGGCAUUGUCUAACAACACCUACAUCUCCAAUUGCGCUAUCCAAACAGGAGAUGACUGUGUAUCAGUCCUAUCAGACACCAAAAAUAUUACAGUCACUCAAAGCAGUGUGGGAAGCCUUGGAGGAUCUGAGACAGCAAUGGUGGAACAAAUUACAGUUUCUAAUUGCAGCUUCGUUGGGACUAUGACGGGGGUGAGGAUCAAAUCCUGGCAGGGUGGGAAAGGUUAUGCAAAAGGAUUCCUUUUUCAGAGCCUCAACAUGACUGAAGUUCAGAAUCCCAUUGUCAUCGACCAGUUCUACUGUCCACAGGGAAAUUGUCCUAUAAAGAAUGGUGGUGUGGCAAUAAGCGGCGCAAAAUUUAUCGACAUCCAAGGGACGUCCUCCGAGCAAGAAGCCAUCAGAUUACUGUGCAGCCAGAGUGUUCCUUGCCAAGACAUCUAUUUCAGCAACAUUAACCUCUCUUGGGCGAGCAAUACUGCCCCAGCAAAUGCCACUAUUUUGAAUGCCCAUGGAAGCACUGCGGGCGUGGUGAUUAUUGGUAUCUGA